GUAGUACUCGGAACUGUGAUAUCCUACUUUGUUGAUAUUAACAACAAUUACGGUGUUAAAAUAGUCGGAGAUAUUCCCACAGGACUUCCUGUACCCACUGUGCCAAACUUUUCCCUGAUGCCUGAUGUGAUUUCUGAUGCCUUUGCUUUAGCUGUUGUUGUGUUUGCUAUCUCUGUAUCUAUGGGCAAAAUACUGGCCAGGAGGCAUGGAUAUGAAAUUGAGUCUAACCAGGAGUUGAUUGCCUAUGCUAUAACUAAUGUUGGCAGCUCUUUCUUCUCUUCAUUCGCAUCUUCUGCUUCCCUGUCAAGGAGUCUCAUUCAGGAACAUGUAGGAGGAGUCACUCAGUUGACUGGACUGGUAUCCAGUGCUCUGCUCCUCCUUGUACUUCUUGUAUUAGGGCCAUACUUUAAAACUUUACCCAAGUGUGUUCUGGCAGCAAUCAUUAUUGUAGCUCUAAAGGGGAUGUUCCGUCAGUUCCUGGAACUUCCUAAACUCUGGAAAUUGUCCAAAAUUGAUUUUCUGAUCUGGAUUCUGUCUUUCCUGGCCACUGUGAUAUUAGAUGUGGAUCUAGGACUGUUAUUUGGAGUUAUUGUAGCUAUAUUUACCGUUGUAUAUAGGGUACAGAGACCUUAUGUGUGUGUGAUGGGGCAGAUACCAGGGACUGACAUCUACAGAGAUAUUUCUGUUUACAAAGAGGCACAAGAAAUUCCUCGUGUAAAGAUUUUCCGGUUUGAAAAUGCCUUAUUUUUUGUGAGUGUGGAACAUUUUAAAAACAGUCUUUUUAAGUUCACAUGUAACCCACGGCAUGUGAAACAGGACAUGGAAACAGCUAGGCAUCGCAUACAGAAAGAGAAAGACAAGUUUGACAAAAUAACAUUCAAGAAUUCCACUGACGAGGUUGAGCUGGCGGUGAAUGGGAACGAGACCCAGAUUUCAGAGUUCCAGUCCUCCAUUGUAGAACCAAAGGUUGAAUUUGACACCAUCAUCUUUGACUGUUCUACAUGGAGUUUUAUUGAUGCCAUGGGCGUGAAAGCCCUCACAUCAGUUGUCAAUGACUUUCGUGAAAUUGACAUUAAAAUUCACUUGGCAUUUUGCAAAGCUGGAAUUCGAGAAAUGCUUGAGAAGACGGGUUUCUUUAGUUGCUUAGACAGACACAACUUGUUUGUAACGGUACAUGAUGCUGUUCUACACGCUCUACACCAGAAAGCUAAUGGAGAUGUUGACUCGGACUCACCACAAGAUGGCGCUCCAGACUCCGUAGCUGUGCAGUCCACUAGCAGUGGGAGUGAAACCGAUGAUAAAUCGUGAGGUUUACAAUGUUUCUAUAUGUAAUUGACACAAAUUCUGGUCAAGAGAUCAACCCUGUUCAAUCUCAGGCAUUAUCAAACUAACAGCAUUCCACCCAGCCUUUGUGUGUAUGUCACAUGCACAAACUGAAUCAGCUGGUCUAGGAUGAUUAUAGGAGUAUUUCACACCGUUAACGUUAGUAUAUUCAGCAAUGUAGGAUGUAAAGCUAAAAAUUUAUAUAAUGCUGGGAUCUCCCCAUUUUAUAUUCAACAUGUGUAAUGUGUGCCAUUUUGAUAUUCAACUGUGUCAAAAUCGGUUUUUCAUUAAUGAUUUGAUGUUGGGUUUUAGGAAUGGUUUCAUUUUUUCUUCAGUUCAAUUCCUUUUAUUUUAGCACUUUUCAUUUCCUUUUGUAUAGUAGUUAGACUACAAGUAUGUGCUGUGAACUGAGAAUGAAGUCAUUUCACUCAGAUUUGUGAACUGAAACUUCUCACUUGGUAAAGUUCUUUUUUUAGUACAUCACAGAUUAUUAUUUGAAUCUUGUUGUCAUAAUCUAAUAAUCUCCAUGUUAGGGUGAGCCAUCAGAAGAAAGGUGAAUUUGCAAUUGUUAUGAAUGUUUAAUAAACAUGUUUCUGUUUUGUUAGAACUUGUACAGGUUUUCUUGUAUGCAGUGAUGUAACUGUUAAAUAUUUUCAAAUGACAAUGAUGCAUUUUUUUGUGAAAAUCAAUGUUCUUUUUCUAUAGAUUUUUUCCCUCUAUAUAUGCAGUAUUUUUUACAGUUUUAUGUUUGAAAUAUGCAUGUGUCUGUGAUCAUUGUAUUUAAGGUUUUAUGAGUUCCUAAGUGCACACAGUGGAUGAGCUCAAACAUCGUAUUGUUCUUCAUGAAAUAGUACUACAUGUAUGUACCACAUAUCCAUAAGUCUGUGUAAUUAAUGAUUGCUCACCACUCCAUUAUACAGUAAAACUCGGUUGUAACGAAGUCAUGGGGACCUAUGAAUUUACUUCGCUAUAUCCGAAAUUCGUUAUAUCCAAAUAAGAAAUAUGUUCAAUUUAUAUAGCUGGGGAUC